AUGAAGCACCGGGACACCAACGAGGACGACGAGGGCGAGCAGGAACCGACAGCGGCGCUGAAGCUCAGUCCCUCCACACCCGCGAGCAGUACUAUCGCCGGGGAGGGGAACCCUUUCCCCUCCCACCCAGGAUCGAGGGCGCCGACCCCGCCGGCGAACAGCAGCACAAGGCGGCGCAGAGAGCACCCCCACAGGGAGACAACCACGUACGGACCCGUCAACUUGCCGAAGCUGGCACCACUUGGAACACCACCACCAGCCACCUACCCACCUUCAAAGCCCGCAACCGGCAACUUGCGUUCCCCAGGCAACGCCUCCAAGGAGGAAGCGACGCCCAUGGCGCCGCCACUGCCCAAUCCGAAGGAUUUUGGGUUUCACCCGGGAACAAGGGCCGGGGUGGGGAGAUCAGGGCCUCAACGGUGCUUCAAGAGGGAGUGCGGCGCCCGAGAGCAUCGCCACCGCCGUGGUCAGGCUAGCCGACCAGGGAUUUCUCCCGAUCCUGAACUCCCAACACCAGCACCCCACCGCCACCAGAGCCAGCACCCCAGGGACACCAGCGACCGGAUCUGGGCGGGGGAGAGAGCAAAAGGGGGAAAAUGA